GAAACCAGGCUCGCUUAGUGUGCGCUGGCCGACGGGAGAGGCAGGCGAGGCAGUGUGGCUCUCGCUGCCUACUGGGGAGCGAGUGGUGCAUCCCCAGUCCUCAGUGCCGGCUCUGAGCACCCGAGUUUAGAGUCCCUCUACUGCGUAAGGCGAAGCCGCAGCAUUUCCUCACGGCAUCGCACCUAAUUUCUGAGCACUUCGUGUGUAAGAGACCAAGGUGGUGACCCUCGUGAGCACCCUGGUCCGGGCGACAGACGAGCAGGGCGAUGAGUGAGAAGCUGGACACGGAAGUUCAAGAGCACAUGGAGGACUGCGGCCCAGAGGCCAGUGCAGAACACAGCCCUGGAGUCCCAGAAAGUAAAGAAGAGAAAGAGGGGCCUGCACCAGCUGCAGAGUCUGGAACUCAGCCUGGGCUCUACAGCUACAUAAGGGAUGACCUGUUCACCUCAGAGAUCUUUAAAUUGGAGCUGCAAAAUGUGCCUCGCCAUGCCAGCUUUAGCGACGUCCGGCGCUUUUUGGGCCGUUUUGGCCUACAGUCCCACAAAAUCAAACUCUUCGGACAACCACCAUGUGCCUUUGUAACAUUUCGCAGCGCUGCUGAACGAGACAAGGCCUUACGAGUGCUGCACGGUGCUCUCUGGAAAGGACGCCCACUCAGCGUGCGCAUGGCUCGACCCAAGGCUGACCCCAUGGCUAGGAAGAGGCGGCAGGAAGGUGAUAGUGAGCCUUCAGCAACGCAGAUUGCCGAUGUGGUGACCCCUCUUUGGAGAGUGCCCUACUCUGAGCAGUUGGAGCAGAAGCGGCUGGAAUGUGAACGGGUGCUACAGAAACUGGCCAAGGAAAUUGGGAGUACUAACCGCGCCCUGCUACCCUGGCUGCUCACACAGAGACAACAGCACAAUAAGGCUUGUUGCCCAUUGGAGGGAGUCAAGCCAUCACCCCAGCAGACUGAAUAUCGUAAUAAGUGUGAGUUCCUGAUCGGAGUUGGGGUAGACGGCGAAGACAACACGGUUGGCUGCCGGCUUGGCAAGUACAAGGGCGGAACGUGUGCCGUGGCAGCCCCCUUGGACACCGUGCACAUUCCAGAGGCCACCAAGCAGGUGGUGAAGGCCUUCCAGGAAUUCAUUCGGUCUACCCCAUACUCGGCAUACGACCCUGAGACAUAUGCAGGCCACUGGAAGCAGCUGACUGUUCGUACCAGCCGCAGAGGCCAGGCCAUGGCCAUUGCCUACUUCCACCCCCAGAAACUGAGCUCGGAGGAAAUGGCAGGGCUGAAGGCCUCACUUGUGUACUACUUCAUGGAAGGGCCAGGCAAGGCCAGUGGGGUGACCUGCCUCUACUUUGUGGAGGAAGGACAGAGGAAGACUCCCAGCCAGGAAGGCCUGCCCCUGGAGCAUAUGGCUGGUGACCAGUGCAUCCAGGAAGACCUGCUGGGGCUGACCUUCCGCAUUUCCCCUCAAGCGUUCUUCCAGGUAAACACACCUGCAGCUGAAGUGCUCUACACAGUCAUCCAGGAAUGGGCUCAGCUGGACGUGGGCAGUACCGUGCUGGAUGUGUGCUGUGGCACUGGCACCAUAGGCCUGGCUCUGGCCCCGAAGGUAAAGAGAGUCAUCGGGAUUGAGCUGUGCCAGGAGGCUGUGGAGGAUGCCCGUGUGAAUGCUCUCACCAAUGAGUUGAGCAACGUUGAGUUCCACUGCGGCAGGGCUGAAGAUCUUGUGCCAGGCUUGGUGAGCAGACUGUCUUCCCAGCGACUUGUAGCUGUCCUAGACCCACCACGGGCUGGACUACAUUCCAAGGUGAUUCUGGCCAUUCGUAGAGCUGAGAAUAUCAAGCGACUCCUGUAUGUUUCCUGCAAUCCCCGGGCAGCCAUGGGCAACUUUGUGGAGAACCACUUCAAACUUGAUGGAUGUGUCACCCAUUCCAUGGUUUCUUUCAGGAGAAAACAAAGAUGACAAGGAAACAUCAGUGGAUGGUACUUGGACAUGGUGACUUCUGAGGAGGGCUACCAAAUGACGAAAUUCAGAGAAAACCGAACUCCUAGGACUCUAGAUGACUAAGGAAGAUUCCCCACACGCAUUUCAGUUACCCAGGACUGGCCUAUCAGUCAGAGCCAAGGGGCUCCUGUCUAUCCAGGCAAACAGACAAUGCCUUGGGGACAAAAUCCAAGUAAAAAUUUGAGAUGCCCAGAGGGGCUGUCAUGACUUGAUUUUGAGGAAGCUGCUGUCUACCCUACCUUUUAAGGCACUCAUGGAGGAUCUGAUACGGAGACAACAGCCCGGCCUUGCUGGUCAGUUCGUAGACUCGUGAAUCCUCAAUACUGAUGUGGUUAAAAUACUAAAACAAAAGCAUAUGCUUGUGAAUCCCGAGCAAGCCCAGACUUCUGAAGAGUCGUGCCACACUGUGUGCUUCCCUCACGUGCAGAACAUCCUGUCACCUCACUAGAUCAUGCCAUACCUGAUAUCCCUUUUAGUUGGUAGAACUGUUUGGGAGAGAUUAGGACAAGGUGUGUCACUAUGGGUGGGCUUUAAGGUUUCAAAAGCCCAUACCAUUCCUAGUUAGAUUUACCACCCAAUCCCGCCUCCUCGUGGAUGAGAUGUGAGCUCUCAACUACUGCUUGAGCACUAUGCCUGCAUGCCUGCUAGCCACCAUGCCUCUCACCAAGAUGGUCAUAAACAAACCCUCUGAAACUGUAAACCCCAAUA